CUGAAUUACAAGAAAAAAAUCAUUUCAGCAGAAAAAAGAAUUAUUUUGAUUCGGUCACAUAAAAAUGCUCAACAAAUACAAAAAACAUAAACAAACGCCAAUCAAUGGAAAACAAGUGCAAACCAAUUACAACGUAAUACAAUAAAAACUGAAGUAUUGGGAAAAAUACAAUUGGAAAGUGUGAAAAAAUACUGGCAGCAAAAAACUAUGAUGCCAAAAGGCUUUGGUAGCAGCAAACACACACAACAAAAGACCAAAAAACGAUGAAGACCAACUAAAAAAGCAAGCUCCGCCAGAAGAAAAAAAAAUAUGAAAAAUACGUGUAAAAACAAGCAAUAAAGAGAUCAAAGCCAAGAAAAUUAUUAACAAUAACAAGGAAGACAAAACAAAGUGAAGAAAGCGUUGAACGUGUUUAACUGUGUAAAGCUAUUCCAAAUUAUUUUCUGGUGGUGGACAAACCAAAAUUAAAGAAAAAGUUAUCACAAAUUCCAUUGACUGGCUUGCAAAGUAAUCAAAUUUUUAUUUUUGGGCCUGGACUCGAGAGUUCGUCAUGGAAAGUAUUUGUAGAUUGUGUUUCCAACCGGCUGCGUUGUUUCAAGUUCCCGGCUAUAAUAUACCCACCUGUGUGAAGUGUUCGGAACAUUUGACAAAUAGUGGUAAUGGUUUCUAUCAAUCUGUAGCCGCCUCCGCUGCAUCCGGACAACCGGCUUUGUCUGCAACAGCUGCUGCCGCCGCCGUCGCCGCUGUGGUGAACAGUACAACAACAACAAACUCCUCCAACGCAUUGAAUCAACAGCAAAUGCCUCAGCAAUUACAGCAACAGCAAACUCAACAGCAAACCCAGCAACAGCAAACUCAACAGCAAACCCAGCAGCAACAGCAACAACACCAGCAACUGCAAAAUUCCACAAACUCAACAAAUAGUCUACAGUCGCAGGACGAUUCAGAAGAUCAGACAGUUCAGCAACAGCAACCAACGCGCCGUCCACGUCAAAACGGUGUUAAAAAUAAAUUACAACAAAUCACCAUGUCCUCCUAUGAAUUGGAGAAGACCAUACAACAUUUAGAUGUGGACCUAAUAUUUAACGAAGAAGGCUCAUGUCCUCUGUGUAAUAAGACGUUUUCGCGGAAAUCUUCGUUGAUAACACACAUACGCAAUCAUGCGGCCGAAAGGAAAUUUGUUUGUAAUUAUUGUAAUAAAGGUUUUACUCAAGCGGCCAAUUUACGGAACCAUGAACGCAUUCACACCAACGACCGACCCUAUGUGUGCGUGGAUUGUGGCAAAACAUUUACCCAGAUUACGAACCUCAACAAUCACCGGCGUUUACACACGGGCGAAAGACCAUUUGUGUGCAUUGAACCGGAGUGUGGACGCUCCUUUGCCCAGGUCACUAAUCUCAACAAUCACAUGAAAACCCACCACAAAGUCCAGCAAUACUGUUGCAAUCAAUGUCCGAAGAAAUUCACCCAGGUCACCUCACUGAAUCAGCAUCUGCAAGCGCAUGCGGGCAUCACCGGCUACUAUUGCCCCCGUUGUCCGGAGAAGACGUUCAAACAGCAAUCCCAGCUGCACACGCACAUGAAAACCCACGGCCUGCAAUAUCCAUUCGAGUGCACGAAAUGCGACGAGAAAUUCUUGCAACAGACCCAUUUGGAGACCCACCUCAAGAUGCACGAAGAAUUCAAAUACAAAUGCAAUAUAUGUCCGAGUUCGUUUAAUCAGGAGUCAUUGCUAAAGAAGCAUGAACAACGUCAUUUAGAGGGCAGAUACCUCACUUGCCCUGUGGCCAGUUGUAAUGAGGCCUUUGCUGUUCGCCAACAUCUCUCGAAACAUUUGUUAAAUAGUCAUUCACAUACAGAACUACCGCCUCCAAAACGAUCUAAGAAAUGCAUCACACUGCAACCGCCUCAGCAACCAUUGGCAAUGGUCGGCCAACCGCUAUCGCUACAACACGCUCCCCAACGUGGUCGUCCUCCUAAAAAUAAAUCAAAGGCUAAUGCAUUGAAUAUACCAUCGUUGAUCAAAGUCGAUAUAAAUGAUGUUCUGCCUUAUAAUCAAAGCGUUUUGAGCAAUGUCAGUGGGUUGUCAAUACCGCAACAGAUCAAUCAACACCUGCAACAGCAACAACAGGCCCAACAGCAGGCCCAGCAACAACUACUGCAGCAAGUUCAACAACAGGCCCAGCAAGCAGCCCAACAAGCUGCCCAGCAAGCAGCAGCAGCGGCGGCCGCCCAACAGCAGCAACAACAGGCCCAACAGCAUGCUCAGCAACAAUUGGACCAACAGCAGCAGCAACAACUGGAUCAACAACAACAACUGCUGCUGGGCAAUCAAGUGAAAGUCCGCUACAUACCCAAUACCCAGAUCAAAUAAAAUCCCAUCAAAAUGUUUAUCAUGGUGGGAUGUGCAUUCCCCACCUGGAAGGGCAAGAUAAUUUCAUUGAUGUCUUCACAGUUAAACCCAAAACUAUGUUUUUAUCUAUAUCUCAGCUAUUAUAAGGAAAUAUUUUUUAUGACAUUGUUUUAUAUUUAAAAUAAAAAAAUAACAAUAAUUCUCUCCAUACAUUAAUGUAAAACUAUUUUUAUAUAUAGUAUUCAAAUUUGUUUUGAAAUUUAUGUUUAUUCGUCUUGAGAUAUUAACAAAAAAAAAAAAAAUGUAAAUGAAAUGCAAUAAGGCAACGUCCUCCUAUUCUCCCCUUAUUUGAUAUGUGUAAACGAAACCCUAUUUGUUUUUUAAUAACUGAAACUGGUUUUGUUGAUUUUAAACAAAAAAAGAAAAAUAAAAAUAAGAUAAUUAAACUAAUAAUAAAUAUAAUUAAAUUAAGAAUCUACAAAUAAAUAAUAAUGUGAACAAUUUAGUGACAAAAAGUAUAAAAUAA